AAUUAAUAUUUGCAGACGUGUGAUUUCUAAAAAAAAUCAAAAUGAUGAAAUAGUUUUUAUUUGAAUAAUCAUUGAGUUUUCUAAUAUCUUAAAUUGGUCAUCAAAACACAGACACAGACAUAAUAUUAUUUCACCUAUUAUUUAGCGAAAAAUCAACUUGUAAUUAUUGGAUAGAUAGUGAUUAUUGUCAGUUGUAUGAUGAUUAAUAAUUUUGUAGUGCUGAAAAUUAUGUCCUUGGUAACUAGACAAAGUGUUUUAUUUGGUUUUAUUGAAACCAAAUCUGACCAUAUCUGAGGUAUGCAAAUUUUUUGGUUAAGACGAAUAUAAUAUCUUAGUUACAUUCAGCUAAAAACUUUGAGAGAUCAGUUCAGUUUGUAAAUACCUAUUAUAAGAUUGUUUUCAAUUUGAGAAUUUGGCAGUGAAUCAUUUCUUCAYAUUUUUAUGUACYUACACAAAAGAUUUUAAGUUAUAUUUUAUUGUAUAACGUUCUACUAGUGUAUUUCUUGUGAUCUGCAGAAAACUCAAGUAAUGUUCUUGAAUUAAAAUUCAUUUCAGAUAUGCCUCCCCAAACACUAAAAAGACCUACUGAAGAUGUGAGUUAUAGUAAUGAUGAGGACGAGUAUGACACAUGGGUAAACAAAAAAAAAUCAAGAUAUUUAUAUACAUACAAAUUAAAAUCACAAUCACCUGAUUUAUUUCAAAAUAUAAAUGAUUCAGAUCAAUCUGAAAGUAUUCAUAGUACCCAAUCCAAAGAUACAAUUGAGGUAGCGGAUCUCCUUGAUUUUUCAUCUGUAACAAGUUGCCAUAGUGACUGUGAUUGUGACGGUUCUAGUCAAAGCGAUUGUGACUAUAAAAGUUCAAGUCUAUCAGAUUCAUCAGAAUGUGAGGUAGUUACAAAAAACGAUAUCUUCCUUGACAUUGAGAAUGGUUAUGUCCCCGAUGAUACAGAUUUACAAAUAUUCAUUUCAGAGACAAAUUUUAAAUCGUCACUAAUUUUUAGAAAAUGCUGUCAAUGUCAAAAACCAAAUUCCAACCUUAAUUUUCAGUACUGUAAUCAGUGUUUUAAGUAUCGGAUGCAAUUAUUUGAGAAUUCGUCAAAUUCAAAACCAAAGAGUAUCAAACGUUUUUACAACAUGGCCAACCGCACAGAAGAAAAUUAUUUGCCUAAAGAUUGUCAAGAAUCGUCUUCUACUUCAAAUUCCCAGGAGUCCUUAAAUUCACUUGGAAUAUCUGGUCUAUGUUUAUCUCAAGAUAGUACAUCUAAUACAUUUGAAAAUACUACAAACUCUUGUAAUAUUUGUUUUUUAAAACCAAAAAAUGGCAUUUUUAAUCACGGCAAAACGGCACAUGUGUAUUGUUGUUACACGUGUGCCAAACAUAUAUGGAGUAGAUCAGUAUUCGGACACCCGAAGGUCGAAGAGUCUUCCCCAGAGAGAGCCUACAAGUGGCAACUCGUAGUUAGUCAAUGGUGAACUCGGGCACGACCGCACAGCCCUCUGGAACUCCAGUACAUUGCGCUCCUGGUCGAAUUCCUGCAGGAACAUGUCAUUUACAGCAGUCGAG